CCAGGAUUAAAGCGAGAGCCGGGGAGGAUCGGGGACUCCGAGCUGGGCCGAGGAAGAAGCGAACUCCAGAGGAGGCAGAGGAGAAGGAGGAGGAAGAAGGGCUGAGGGGAGGGGAGCUGCCCCGGAGGGCAGCAGGUCAACUCGAUCGUUCCAAAUACCUCCCUUUACCCGAUGCUGCUGAUAACAUCAGGAUGGCUUUAAACUCAGGAUCAUCACCAGGUGUCGGGCCUUACUAUGAGAACCAUGGAUACCAGCCGGAAAGCUUGUACCCUCAGCAGCUGCCCACGGCUCCCCCUGCCUACGAGGUGUACCCCACUCAGUACUACCCGCCCAUGGUGCCCCAGUACACCCCAAGGGUUCAGACGCACGCCUCGACACCUGUAAUCUACAGGCAGCCCAAACCUCCGUCCAGGACAGCGUGCACCUCAAAGACCAAGAAAGCCCUGUGCAUCACCUUCACUCUGGCGGCCCUGCUGGCAGGAGCAAUCCUCGCUGCCGUCCUCCUCUGGAAGUACAUGGAGGACGGGUGCUCAGGGAUGGAGUGCGGCUCCUCUGGGACCUGUGUCAGCCCCUCUCUCUGGUGCGAUGGCAUCCGGCACUGCCCCGGUGGCGAGGACGAGAACCACUGUGUUCGCCUCUAUGGACCGAACUUCAUCCUUCAGGUGUACUCCGCCCAGAGGAAGUCCUGGCACCCCGUGUGCCAGGACGACUGGAGUGAGAGCUACGGGAGGGCGGCCUGCCAGGACAUGGGCUACCGGAAUAGUUUUUAUUCUAGCCAAGGAAUAGCAGAUGACAGCGGAGCCACAAGCUUUAUGAAGCUGAACAUAAGUGCCAACAAUAUCGAUCUCUAUAAAAAACUCUACCACAGCAAUGUCUGUUCUUCAAAAACAGUGGUUUCUUUACGUUGUAUAGAAUGCGGGGUCUCCAUGAAGACGAGUCGCCAGAGCCGGAUCGUGGGGGGAUCGAAUGCUUACUCGGGCCAAUGGCCCUGGCAGGUUAGCCUGCACGUGCAGGGCAUCCACGUCUGCGGGGGCUCCAUCAUCACCCCGGAGUGGAUCGUGACAGCCGCGCACUGUGUGGAGGAACCUCUUAACAAUCCCAAGAUAUGGGCAGCCUUUGCGGGAAUCUUGAAACAAUCUUACAUGUUCUAUGGAAGUGGAUACCGAGUAGCAAAAGUGAUUUCCCACCCAAAUUAUGAUUCCAACACCAAGAACAAUGACAUCGCUCUAAUGAAGCUGCAGACACCUCUGACUUUCAACGACAAAGUGAAGCCAGUGUGUCUGCCCAAUCCAGGCAUGAUGCUAGAGCGAAAUCAGUCCUGCUGGAUUUCCGGGUGGGGGGCUACCUACGAGAAAGGGAAGACCUCGGAUGACCUGAACACGGCCGAGGUGCACCUCAUUGAGCCCCGGAAGUGCAACAGCAAGUACAUGUACGACAACCUCAUCACGCCCGCCAUGAUCUGUGCAGGCUACCUGCGGGGCACCAUCGACUCCUGCCAGGGUGACAGUGGAGGUCCUCUGGUCACACUGAAGAGCAGUGUCUGGUGGCUGAUCGGAGACACGAGCUGGGGGUCGGGCUGUGCCAAGGCGUACCGACCGGGAGUGUACGGGAACGUGACAGUGUUCACAGACUGGAUCUAUCGACAAAUGAGGGCAAACAGCUAAUCUGUACGGCCUGGGUCCUUGACAACGUUCCACGAGAAAAAGAAGGGGCUGAUUUCGAAUCCCCAUGCAUUACGUAUUUUUUGAAGUGAUUCCAGGUCCUUUUGUUCGAUCAUGAUCCUGUAUGUCUUGGCCCUUUCCACAGUUCUGUGCAGACCCCGUGGCUCCCCUACCCCUGGGCCCAACCUUCCAGACCAACCUCGUCUGACCAGGGAGGCUGGCUGGAUGUGGACGGCAGAGCCAGUGCAGAGUAAGGGGACAGGGUCUGCCCUGCGGGGACCUCCCCUCUGAGCCCCACUGCACGGACCCCUCUUGGAUGCACAGGGGGCUGGCGACUUCUCAGCUGCUGGACGGCUUGAGAAAGGAAGAGGGAAAACCUGGCAGAAUCUGCAGGGGCCAGCCUCUGGGGCCACUGCCGGUGAGGCCACUUGGGAUAGCCCCAGGGCCUGUCUCCCCACGAGGGAAUUUGAUGAACAUUCUUGAGUGCCUUCUUAGCAGCCCAGAGUGCUGGCUGGAGAUAAAGGGACCAGCUCUUCACGGGUGAUGACUUGAUAGCCACUUGAAAGGGGACCCAAACCUUUUUCUUUCGAGGGGUGUGUAGACAGAGCCCUGGGAACAUAUCUGAUCACCCCCAGCAUUGCUGGGGGCCCCCCACCCAGGGAGACCCGCCUUACUCUCCAGUCUCUCCCUGGCCUCCCUUGAAGAUGGUGCAAUGCCCUGGGCCCCCACUGAGGUCCUCACCCCGAGUGGGGUGCCUGCUGACCCUCUUAAAGCCUGCUAAUCAUUCACCUGGAAAUCGAGCUCACCCAGGGAAAUCAGGGAUACUAAUUAAAGAAACACUGUUUCCUGUAAAGCGUCUACCUGUUACUACCUCAGUCAGUGCCCACGAAACCGGGCCGUAGUCCUACUCUUAGCUUUAAAUUACUGCUGCCUUUGCUUGUGUGAGCAGUGGCCGACUUGAGCUGUUUCACAAAGUGAUUGCUCCCAGUUUAACGUUCUGUAAAUGUCGUCCGGAAGCACAGCGUCUGGGCUUGUGAGAAAGGAGAGAAGGGUGUGCGUGGGCCUCCCCCCGGCCCCUUCCAACCACUCCUCCAGUUCCUCUGCAGGGGAGAGUCCGGCUUCAGUGACCCAGUGUGAAGCAUAAACACGGGUGCUGUGAGGUCCUGCCUCCUCUCCGACACACUGGUUCCGCAGAACGACUUGAGUGAUUCUGCACUAGGACUUGGCCUUGGAGUGGAAGUCAGGACGAGCAUCCCAGCAGGAUGCUCGGGCGGCAGCAUCCCCAGGGCCCAUCCUGACCUGCCUGCUCCCGAGUCAGAUUUUUAAAAGCGUCGUCAUGGUGAGCAAGCAUUCCUUCUUUAGUCCUUCUUUUAAUUUAUGUGACCAGUUUGUUUUCUGUUUUGUAUCUUUUUUAAACUGUAAAAUUCAAUUGUGAAAAACUGUACAAAUAAAUUAUGCAUUUUUUUUUUUUUUUCCAAACAUGUGGCAAGCAGAACCAGUCUGCAUUUCUGCACUGGGCCUUGAUGUCAGGGCAGCCGCUGCAUGGUGGGUUGGCAGGGAGUGAGGUCAGGUGUGGUGGGGCAGAUGUGGUCUUCUGGCUGCCCUGCUGGCCUCCACAGCUUGUCCUGUAGGACAGCAAAGUGAAAGUGUGAAAGUGUUAAUUGUUCAGUCAUGUCCAACUCUUUGUGACCCCAUGGACUGUAGCCUGCCAAGCUCCUCUGUCCAUGGGAUUCUCCAGGCAAGAAUAUUGGGGUGGGUAGCCAUUCCCUUCUCCAGAGGAUCUUCCCAACCCAGGGACUGAAUCCAGGUCUCCUGCAUUCCUGGCAGAUUCUUUACCAUCUAAGCCACCAGGGAAGGCAGCAGUCCCCAACUUUUUGGCACCAGGGUCCAGUUUCAUAGAAGACAAUUUUCUCAUGAGCUGGGAUGGUUCAGAUGGAGUGAUGGGAAGCGGCCAAUGAAGUUUCCCAUCGGCGCUCACCUCCUGCUGUGUAGCCUGGACCAGUACUGAUUCUAGGGGCUGGGGACUGCUGCUAUAGGAGGUAACCAAGCUCCUUAAGGAGCAUCACCUGUACCUCCCAUUUCUCCCAGAUAUGGACCCUGAGACCCAACUCCCUUCUAGAACUCUGCCCAGUGACCCCAGAGUCCUCAGAUUCUGUCUUCUCAAACUUGAGUGUAGUAUCUCCUCCCCUAAAAUUCCUGUGAGCUCACGGCAGCAGAGCUGCUUCCUUAACACGUGUCUCAGCCCCCGGAAUUGUGACCACAGGUAGGAGAGAGAGAGAGGGUAAAUGUUUUCCUCCCUGGAAGAGAUCCAUUCAUGUUCUUCAAAUAGCCCAAAUCUGGCAGGUCCCAAUGUGUAACAGAUGAUUGGAGAGAACUGUCUGCGUUAUGUCAGUUUGUGUUAAAAUUACGGUGAAAGUUGUAAUAAAAAAGUAAAGAAAACA